AUGCAGGCAACUGAAGAUUAUAGAUGGGACGAAACCGAUCUACUAGGAGUAACGAAAUGUGUUGAUAUGGCAAUGCGUUGUGUGGAGGACGACAGAGACAAUAGACCUUCUACAGAGGACAUUAUCAGUGAGCUCAAGGAACUAGACUCAAAGAUAGACGAGAUGUUAAAGAAAGAUCCUAAACCUCUUACAGGCCAGCUGAAGAGGCACAAGCACCAUGCCGACGAAUUGGAAGUGGUGGAUCAGAACAGAAGUUUCAAUGAUUUGAGAAGAGAUAUUGUGGUGGACCCUUGCCUAGAGCUCCGCUUCCCCUUCCAGCCAAAGAAGGACAUAUCGUGCUGCCUGCAGCUCACCAACAAGGCAGCGGCCAGCUUUGUUGCCUUCAGUAUAAACACCAACGUAAACAAGUACCGCUCACUGCCAAACAAAGGGAUUUUAGCUCCAUGUUCUAAGUGCUACAUCACCCUAACCUUGCGAGCGCAGCAGGAGUCACUGCCAAAUAUGCAGUGUGUUGAUGUGUUGGUUGUGCAGGGCAUAAGAGUGAGCGAGAACUUCACGUCUGAUGAAAUCACUCAAGACUUCCUGGCAAAUGCCGGCGCUCUGGAUGAGGUGAUGUUGCCCAUUGUCUAUGUUGCAUUGGACCACCAUCCUCUCUCUCAAUAG